AUGCACUUUCCUUUCUGCGAUGGGAAGCGCCGCCGCGAUGCUAAGCUCACCCAAAGACACCCAAUUAAUUGGACUCCAGAGCCCCAUGGCCAAACUGAUACAAAUCGUUUUCUCGCCGGCGAUGUGGACGCGGUUGCAGACCUGACUACUCUUAUCGCCCGAGCUGGUCUCACUUCUGCCCGCGUUCCACACCUUAACACCAGCGGAGUAGUGGCUACGAGUGAGCUGCUUCAUUGCGGCAAUGAUGAGUCCAUCCGCAAGCUAGCCGAAGAUCAAGCGAUUGCGCAACGGCGAUCACAGGCGGCGAGGCCAUGGGGAUUACGAUCCCUUUUCUUCUCCAAUGCGUCGCUCAUAGGUGAGGAUUUUCAACAGGCCCUCAUGAAUCUUUAUGGUGAGAGCAGUGCGUCGUCUGUCGAUAAUGAUAAAAAAGUGUCACCCAGUAUCGCAUGCCAAGGUCACUGGAAGCUUGUCUAUUGUUCAGGCAAGGAUUGCGAUGCCCAGCAUUCUCACCCGGAAAUUUCCCAUAGCGGCCCACCUGUUACUCAAAAGGUUCUUUCCGUGCCUGUUCAAGCUGAUCAAAGAGUAUCUCUCACUCAGAGUCUCGAAGAAGAGCUACGAGCACAGGAAGUAGACGAGGGGGAGGAGGAAUUCCCUUUCGAUGCCCAUCUAGGAGAUGAGGCUGAGUACGAGCAAGCGCUCUGUGAGGUAAUCGCCAUUGCAAGCCGGCCUGGCAGCGCCAAGCUUGUUUCUCUCGGCAGAAAGAAGUUUUUCCAGAGCUCUGGCACUGUGAGUGCAGGCGCAAAGAAGGCUGAAAGCUCUGACGAGGAGAGAUGGUCCACGCAGCCUCAGACAGGCUGUCCCGAAUCGGAGUCACCACGCCGUGUCCGUCUCUCUCUAAUGGGUCCCCCAUCUGGCCCGCCCGCCAUAGCACUCCCUCCGAACCCUCCUUCGCCAGCUAUUUCCUGGCCGCUACGUUCUGGCCGGUAG